CUUUAGUACUUACUUCACUAAAUUCGAAGACUAAUCGUAUAAGCCUGUUUUUUUGGAACAUUUAACCUUCGACCUGGCUUAUUGUUACUCUUUAAAGUAGGAGUCAUUUACAGGAAAAAAUGUGGUGUUUAGUAGCUGUAAUUUCACUGCUUUUGUUUAUAUUUAAUUAUGGGCGUUGGUCUCGUCUGCUAAAUCGCUUGGGAAAAGAAUUCAAAACGUUAAGAGUUUACACCUUACUAUUUUACACCGUCGCAACAAAAUACAAACGCUCGGUGUGUGAAAAUUUUGACCAACUUGUAGCAACUCACCCCCAGAAGGUUUUGUUUUAUUUUCAAGAUGAAAUUUGGACAAGUUCGAAAGUUAAAGAAGAGUCUAAUAAGGUUUCCCUAUAUUUUGAAAGCAGAGGUUAUCGUAGAGGAGAUGUGGUUGCGAUAAUGCUAGAUAAUUGUCCAGAAUACAUAUGCUUAUGGUUAGGUUUGGCACAAAUUGGAGUGGUUCCUGCCUUAAUCAACACGAACAUAGUCAAAGAUGCUUUGGUCCAUUCCCUGAGUGUUGCUAAAUGUAGUGCUGUCAUUUAUGGAUCAAAUUAUGGCCCAACCAUUAACGAUAUUGCGAAACAAUUCACUAACCUGGAAAAAUAUCAGUUACCUUGCAAAACCGCAGACGAAGGUCUUUCAGGUGAAAUAGAUCUGCGAACUGAGCUGAGAAACAUCGAUCCAUAUACAUUCAUCCAAAAACUAAAGUUCCGCAGAAAUGAUGUUCUAAUGUUUAUCUUUACAUCCGGUACCACUGGGUUACCAAAAGCGGCACUGCUGUCGCACGCUAAGUACAGUUUAUUAUCAAGCACUGCAAUAUUGCUGCCGCCAAAUUCGGUAAUUUAUUGUCCAAUGCCUCUUUACCACGCAAGUGGAUCAGUGUUGGGCGUUGGUCAAGCACUUAUAUGGGGUAACACUGUUGUGCUUAGAAAAAAGUUUUCAGCUUCUAAUUUUUGGAGCGACUGUAUACAAUAUCGCUGUAAUGUUGCGCAAUAUAUUGGUGAGAUGUGCAGGUAUGUCUUAUCAGCAUCUGACGAUAAAAAAAUAAAUCAUCCAGUGAAAAUAAUGUAUGGAAAUGGCCUUAAACCGCACGUAUGGAGACAGUUCAAUUCAAAGUUUGGUAUAGAACGCGUUUUGGAAUUCUAUGGUGCUACGGAUUGCAACGGUAGUUUCGUCAAUUUGACUAACACCGUUGGCAGUGUAGGUUACUUACCAUUACUGUUAAAGUUUCUUUGUCCAAUGGUACCGGUUAAAUUUGACAGAGAAACCGGUGAACCGUUAAGAGACAAGAAUGGACGUUGCAUUAAAUGUCGCACAAGAGAGCCAGGUGUUCUUAUAGUUAAAAUUACCAACAAGUUUGGGUUACUUGAUUACGAAGGCUACACCAAUAAAGAAGAUACCAACAAGAAGAUAGUGAAAAAUGCGUUUAAAAUUGGUGAUCGAUACUGUAAUACCGGCGAUGUAUUUGAGAUAGAUGAAGAUGGAGACUAUUACUUUAUAGAUAGAAUAGGAGACACAUUCAGAUGGAAAGGAGAGAAUGUUUCAACCUGUGAAGUUGAGGACGUUAUUAAUAAUCUCAUCCAUUUAAAUGAUGCUACUGUGUUUGGUGUACAGAUACCAAGCGCAGAAGGAAGGGCUGGUAUGGCCGCCAUUGUCAGUGAUGACUUAGAACUUGAUACGGAUCACCUCUUAAAAGGUCUGAAAGAAAACCUACCUUCGUACGCAAUACCUUUGUUUAUACGAGUUAUGAAAUCGAUUCCGGUAACAUCCACUUUCAAACUAAUGAAGGUUCAAUUACGAACAGAAGGUUACAACGUAAACUUUGUAAAGGAUAAAAUAUAUUUCUAUGACCAACGGUGCGACAAAUAUGUUCUCCUUUCUUUGGACUUAUACGAUGAAAUUAUGCGAAAGACACUUAAAUUAUAGGACGUUUGCAGCUAUGAAGUUGUCAUAUUAUACAUGUUUUCAAGGAAAAUAAAUAAACCAUAGAAUGCCAUUUAGUUGACAUUUCAUACAUUCUCUAAAUCGUUGUGAAUAUUGUUCACACAAUCAGUUUGAGCGAAAGACUAAAUAUGGAUAGGUUACUAACGAUCUAGAAGCAAUACGUGACUGCAAUGUUAGCAAGGAUUAAAAUAAUUCAAUGAAUACAAAAGACGUUUAGCACAUUUUUGAUAUAUUUUUAUUUUAUUUAUUUAUUUUAUUCAUUGUUGACUGUUCUUUUCUUAUGGGAGAAUCUAUGCGCUAUGUCACUAAUCAUGGCUAGUCAAAUCAACUUAUUGUACCCAAAACAAAAUAAAACCUUCGUUUUCAUGCCUACUUUAUGUCAGGAAAUUUUAGUUUCCCUGAUCAGAAUACAGUUCCUGUCGCCUGUGACUUUACCGGCCGUACCUAUCACUUUACCUCCCGCUCUGUCACAUCGGUAAUGUCUAUAAUGACUCCUAUCAUCACCGUCAGAUUAACAUUAACCAAAAGGUCUAUAUUCAAAUUUUACAUUAAAAUACGAUUUCGGGUAAAAUUUAUUUAAAACUCGUCAGUAAAAUGACACUACUACGUUACUCGAAAAAUAAAAUAAAAGGGCCCAAAGAGGCCUCGCCAGUAACGUGUUAUUUUCGUGACUUUGUAACGAUUUAUUUUCUCCGUUACCAAGCAUUAUUACUUGCGGAAAGACCCCCGUAACUUUGAAACGAUUUGAUAGAUGGCUUCAUCUAUUAACCAUGCAAUUUUGCCGCGACAAUUGCCAGCGCAUGACUUGUGGGUGUCGAUUCUCUUCUUCCUCUUUCCUUCGUAAACCGGAGUGCCGACGCCCUU